AUGUAUAUUUUCACAGUCACAGUUAAAUCAGAGGGCAUUUUGAAAAAUUUCCUUUCGGUGCUUGAAGCUGAAGAUGCUCUGGUUUCUUUAACAUUUUUCCAGAUUCUUGGUAAGAAGCCUUUCUCUUCCUCAACAUUUCCUUUAAGACGCUUAACUAUAGCUUCAGAAGCUGCUGGUGUGCUUGCAUAUUUGCACUCUGCAGCUUCACCUCCAAUCAUACACCGAGAUGUCAAAUCUGCAAAUAUACUUUUAGACACUACUUUCACAGCAAAAGUGUCUGAUUUUGGAGCAUCAAGAUUGGUUCCACUAGAUCAAACCCAAUUAUCUACUAUGAUGAGUAAAAAGUAUUUCGUUAGAGAUCAACCCGGCCUCCUUAGUGACCUAGAAAUGGUGCCUGAAUGCUUGGUAUCCUGCCUUGAAAUUAUUAAUCUACUAGUGUUUGAGGGUAAGACACGUGAGAUGGAGAUGGUGAAGUAUUUGUUGGCUAAUGCUCGAGUUCUGAAGGAGCUAAGGAUCUUAACGUUGAAUAUCCCACCGGAACUAAAACUUGAGAUUCACAAACAAUUGCUACAGCUUCCAAGGGGUUCAACAAAUUGUGUAGUUCAUUUGAAGUGA